GCCCGAGCCGGGGGGAGCGAGCGAACGGAGGCGCGGAGGAUCCGAUUCACUCGCUGGGGAGAUCUAUGGGCCGAAGCCGUGUAAAUGCGUUUUAAGGCGAGUGCGGGGAGUGAUUCGGAGAGCCUCGGGGAACGGGCGCCCUCGCUUCCAGUGAUGACCUGCCCCUGGCCCCUCUUGCCUCCUUUCAGCAGGGGCCUCGGCUCCGCAACGGCCACUCCUCCUCGGGGUGUUGCACAAGUUUCGAGGUCACCGGCGACCCCCCCUAGCAGCGCGCCUGGCUCUGGCCCCCGAGGAGGACCGGGCUUGUGUGUUGCAUACUUUCUAAGGCGGCAGGCAGCGGCGGCGGCCGCAGCAGCGGCUCCAUCCAGACCAUCUGCUCCUCCUCAGUAUGGCUGGCUACCUGGAUGAAACGGACUUCGUGAUGGUGGAGGAGGGCUUCAGCACCCGAGACCUGCUGGAGGAGCUCACUCUGGGGGCCUCACAGGCCACCAUGGGCGAGGUUGCUGCCUUCUUCGUGGCCGACCUGGGUGCAGUAGUGAGGAAGCACUUCUGCUUUCUGAAGUGCCUGCCUCGAGUUCAGCCCUUUUACGCUGUCAAGUGCAACAGCAGCCCAGGCGUGCUAAAGGUCCUGGCCGAGCUGGGGCUGGGCUUCAGCUGUGCCAACAAGGCAGAGAUGGAGUUGGUCCAGCGUAUUGGUGUCCCUGCCAGUAAGAUCAUCUACGCCAACCCCUGUAAGCAAAUUGCACAGAUCAAGUAUGCUGCCAAGCUUGGGGUCCAGCUUCUGAGCUUUGACAACGAGAUGGAGCUGGCAAAGGUGGUGAAGAGCCACCCAAGUGCCAAGAUGGUUCUGUGCAUUGCCACCAAUGACUCCCACUCCCGGAGCCGCCUCUGCCUCAAGUUUGGAGCGUCACUGAAAUCCUGCAGACGCCUGCUUCAAAAUGCCAAGAAGAGUCACGUCGAUGUGGUAGGUGUGAGUUUUCACAUUGGCAGUGGCUGUCCUGACCCUCAGGCCUAUGCUCAGUCCAUCGCAGAUGCCCGGCUUGUGUUUGAAAUGGGCGCCGAGCUGGGCCAUAAGAUGCACAUCCUGGACGUUGGUGGCAGCUUCCCUGGAGUGGAGGAGGCCAAAGUGAGAUUCGAAGAGAUUGUUUCUGUGAUCAACUCCGCCUUGGACCUGUACUUCCCAGAGGGCUGUGGGGUGGACAUCCUUGCCAAGCUGGGGCGCUACUACGUGACCUCGGCCUUCACCUUGGCAGUCAGCAUCACCGCUAAGAAGGAGGUUCUUCUGGACCAGCCUGGCAGGGAGGAGGAGCCCGGUGCUGCCCCCAAGACCAUCGUGUACCACCUGGAUGAGGGCGUGUAUGGAUUCUUCAACUCAGUCCUGUUUGACAACACCUGCCCUACCCCCAUCCUGCAGAAGAAACCAUCCAUAGAACAGCCCCUGCACAACAGCAGCUUGUGGGGCCCGGCGGUCGAUGGCUGUGACUGCAUAGCUGAGGGACUCUGGCUGCCGCAACUGCAUGUAGGGGACUGGCUGGUCUUUGAGAACAUGGGCGCCUACACCGUGGGCAUGGGUUCCCUCCUUGGGGGAACCCAGACCUGCCGCGUCACCUAUGCCAUGUCCCGGGUGGCCUGGGAAGCACUGCGAGAGAAGCUGCUGCCUGCAGAACCAGACGAGGAUGCUGAGGGCGUGUGCAAGCCUCUGUCCUGCGGCUGGGAGAUCACAGACACUCUGUGCGUGGGCCCUGUCUUCACCCCAGCGAGCAUCAUGUGAGCGGGCCCAUGGCUCCCACCCCACCCCCGGGGAGAACCCCAGUGGGGCCUCAGAGAUGCCUCUGGGAGAGGUGGGGGAGGCGGCAAGCAGGGUACCCUCUGGCCAGGACUCCGGUGCUCGCCCUGCUGCUCCCACCCACCGUGCUCCACCUGUAGUGUUUCUGCCCUGUAAAUAGGACCAAUUUUACACUCGCUGUAGUUCAAGUAUGCAACAUAAAUCCUGUCCCUUCCAGCUGUGUCCGCCUCCUUUGCAACGCAAAGUGCCUGGUCAGCCAGGUGUGGGGCUGUUCUUGGCGUCUCCUGUGGUCUCCUUCACACCUCUGUAAAUAUGAAGCAAAUAAAUACUUAGGUUGUUUUUUUUUUUUUAAUAGUCCAGUAGGAUCCAGCAGUUCAAUUCACAAAGUAGCCUGGGCUAAGCUGGGGAGACUUCCCGCUCCACACAGAGGACCCCACGGCCUCUGCCUCAGUACUGACCUGGCUGCGGUGUGGGUGUCUGCCCCUGGCACCAGCUUCUUUGACUCAUCUCUCUCCUCUCCACAGGCCUCCAUUCUUGGCAUUGUGAGGAAGGGUGAGCUGUCGGGUUGCGGUGGGGUCCGAGUUGCCUCCCUUCAGCCCUGGAACUGUAUACAGCUCAUGACUGAGAGAUACCUCUGUGUGAACCUAACACGCAGCCUAAGGCCUGAUCCAAAGUGGGGGCAAUUGAAUAUUUGACACAGCUUUGGAAAUUCAUACCCAAGAUAAAGAGCAAAGAGAUGGGUGUCGUGGAGGUUUUGAGGAAAUGCUGCACCCUCACUCCUUGCAGGUCUACAAGGCAAUGAGUAGUGUCGAAUAUGUGGUGGUUGGUUUUGCUUGUUGAGGCAGUAACUGUUAUAACAGGGUUGGCCAUAGAGUAUUGCCAUGUCCAGUGCAAGGGCCCUGAUGUUGCUGUCUCCUCACACUAGGAGCUCUGGUCACAACAGAGGCUCCUUCAUACUGCUAAGGUCCCAGGCUAUGCACCUACUUAGCAAAAGAGUUCAGAUUUUCUAAUUCCCCAGCUGCUCUGGGUGACCCAAAAGGUUUUUCUUCUGUAAUUAAAAAAAUUUAGAUAUAAUUCAUAUACCUUAAAACUCACCCUUUCGAAGUAUAGUAUUUAUUCGAUGGGUGUUAGUAUAUUCAUAGUUUGUACAACCAUCACCACUGUCUAAUUCUACAACAUGUUCAUCACCUCACGAAGAAACCUUGUACCCAUCAACAAUCACUCCCCAUUUCCCUGGCAACCACUAAUCUACUUUCCAUCUCUAUGGAUUUGCCUAUUCUGGAUAUUUCAUUUUAAUUAAAAAAAUAUUUUUAUUAAAAUAUAGCU